UUAUACGUUUCGGUUUUGAUUUGUGAGAUCAAAACACCGUUUGAUACAUAUUUCAAUUUUAUUCAGAAUAAUCCGCAAUUUCGGCGCAAUAUACCACCGUAAUCAUCUCCAACGAUGUCUCUCGCCAUGAAGAGGCCCCUUCCCGAACCGACCCAAACGAUUCAGCAGGACCCGGCCGCGGUCGUCCCGCUGCUCGGCGCCAGCACCAGCGCCCGCAUCUACAAGCGCAUCCGGCUGACCGCGCGCAAGAGCACCGGCGCUCCGCCCUCGAUCCUCGCCUACGUGAACCUGCUGGAGGACACGGCGGGGAACAGCAACGACGCGCUGCAGGUGCUGAUCAAGAUCUCGGACGCGAUGCUGUUCGACGAGAGCGAGUUCCCGGAGGCGAUCCGCAAGCUGGUGGAGCACUUUCGGCGCGAGCCCGAGUCGGCGGUGCGGGUGAAGACGCUGUCGCUGUUUGGGGAUUUGGCGGCGGAGACGGGGAUCGACUGUGGGGCGUUGAUUGACGAGGUGAUUGGGCUGCUGAAGGGGGAGACGAGUGCGAAGGUCGUGUCGCAGGGACUGUACGCGUUGGAGCGGAUUGGGCGGGCGUGUGUGCUGCCGUCGGUGGCUUGCACGAACAAGAUGGUGUUUUUUGCCAAGAGUAAGCUGUUUUCGCCGAGUCAUAACGUGCAGAGGCAUGCGAUUUUGCUGCUGGGAAGGUUCGUGCUGGUUUCGGACGCAGAGAAGGAGAGUUUGGAGCUGAUUGGGAAGUAUACGGAUUCGGCGGACGCUCGGGUUAGGGCGCAGGCCAUCCGGUCGAUGUUGACGCUGGGGGAGCGCGGAGUUAAUCUGCCGGCGUCGAUGUACGCGAGGGCUUGCGGGUCGUUGAGCGAUGAUUACGAGUGCGUCCGGAAGGAGGCGUUGCAGCUGGUAUUUCAGUUGGGGGUGCGCCAUCCGGAGCAUUUGGUUAAGGUGAGCAAGGAUUCGGACCAGGAGGUGCGGUUGAUUGACGACGCGUUUGGGCGGAUUUGCAACGCCAUUUGUGACUUGUCGAUGCACAUCCGGACGCUGGCGGCGGAGCUGCUCGGGGGGAUGACGAUGGUGAGUGACGAGUUUCUGCACCAGACGCUGGACAAGAAGCUGAUGAGCAACAUGCGGAGGAAGAAGAGCUUGCACGAGCGGAACGCGGAACACUUUACCAGUGGGGAGUGGUCCAGCGGCAAGAAGUGGGCGGAUGACGCGCCGAAGGAGUUGGUCAACGCGGAAGCGGUUUCGCUGAUGGCUUCCGGGGCGUGUGGAGCGCUGGUUCAGGGCUUGGAGGACGAGUUCCUGGAGGUUAGGACGGCUUCGGUGAACUCGAUGUGCAAGUUGGCGUUGAAGAACCCGCCGUUUGCCGUAACUUCACUUGAUUUUUUGGUGGACAUGUUCAACGACGAGAUCGAGGAGGUUCGUCUGAGGGCCAUUUACAGUUUGACCGCAAUUUCCAAGCACAUCAUCUUGAGGGAAGACCAGCUCGAGACGAUGCUGAGUUCGCUGGAAGAUUACUCGGUUGAAGUUCGCGAGGGAUUGCACCUGAUGUUGGGCGCUUGCAAAGUGUCCACCAAAGCCUGUCUCUCGCUGGUGGUUCAGAAGGUGUUGGACGUACUCCUGAAAUAUCCGGAAGAUCGUCUCUCAACCUUCGGCUGCAUGCAGCGCGUCGGCCAGAAACAUCCGGAGAUUUGUAUGUCCCUCACGCCGCAACUCCUUCAAGAUCAUCCCUUCUUCGACAGCGCCGAACGUGACGUCGAAGAUCCGUCCUACAUCUGCGUCCUGAUCAUGCUGUUCAACGCGGCUCAACACCUGCCGCCGAUGCUCAGUCUCUUCCCGGAAACCAUCGUGCGGCAUUACGCGUAUCUCCGAGACACCAUGCCCAACCUGGUCCCCCACCUAAACCUGGGCGGACAACCCGCAAAACUCGCCCUGACCACCUCAACCGGAUCGCGACAAUUCUUGGAGACCCUCCUGAACAACAUCCAAUCCGCAUACUCCGCCCCGCAAGCCCGCCAAGCCCUGCUCAAAGCAGCCCAGGAAAACCUCGAUCGUCUCGCCGAAAUCGACCCGUCCUUCUCCGGAACCGCCAACUUCACCGCAGUCUUCUUCGGCACCCAACUGCUCAUGGAGCAGCUGCAGGUGGCCACCACCGGACAACCCACCAAGGCACCCCUCAAGGACUGCCUCGCCCAACUCAUCCGCAAAUGUCUCAAGCUGCAAAAUCUCUUCUCCAGUCUCACCCUCGAGGAUCAACUGCUCGUCAAGCAGAUGUGUCUCCGCGCCAGCGCCCUCAACCUGGUCCUCGUCGUAAAAGAUCGCUCCCAAAGCGCCCUCGCCCCCUGCCAACUUCUGCUCCACAUCGCAUCCGACGCCAGCAACUUCCUGCAGGAAAACAGCGCCCUCGUCGCGGACUCCUUCACCAGCGCCAUCCUGACCAAGCUGGCCGCCGUCGGCGACCCACGACCCGGUCGCGUCUUCCGCGAGAUCCUCCCCGUCGUGCAAGCCGCCGCCCCCGUCGUCAUCCCGAAAAUCAACACCAACAUCAAAAUGUGCAAAGCGCACAUCCUCGAACCGUCGGAAUCCUCCGGUAGCACCGACAACGUCGUCAAAGUGACCGCCGGCCUCAUCGCCUCGGUCCCGUUCGUAGCCGAGCUGGAGAACCUCCAGGAGUCCCAGCGGCAAAACCUCCGCCUCAAAAUAAAAUAUCCCGAUCAGAACGUGCACGUGAUCGUGCCCCGGCGGCGUGACCUUAAAAAAAUCAUGACCGAGCAGGGCGAGAGUGAGUCCCACUGGAGGUUGCGCACGACGGUGCUGCUGUCGCACGGCGUCUGGACCGAGGCGUCCCCCGUGGAUAUUGGCAUCUGUUUGGCGGUGCGGCCCAACACCGAUCUGGAGCUGUGCAAGCCGGUCAAGGUGCAGUUUGCGCCAAAGCCGGUCAAGAGGGGGAUUUGAGGGGGGGUUGGUGUAAUAUGAUUCGAUUAAUGGCAGUACAAUAAAUGUAUCAAAAUUUA